GUCCCCUGUUCAUCCUUUUGGGGGAAUUGGGCCGUAAACAUGGCAAUGUCUAUGUUGACGUUGUUAUUAGAUCAGGAAGGUGAAGAAUUUGUGCGUACUUAUUCCAAUCUAUCAUACGGGUAUUCCAUUUGAGACAUAAUUCCAAAUUCCAUUUUACCAAUAUGGGACUAAUUUCAUGGGGAGGUGAUCACUUUGGACAUCCGUUUGUAGGACGUUCCAUUCAAAAUUGUUCGCUAGGGACGGAGAAUCAAUCGUCAGAUCUAUGGCACUAACUGACCCUGAGUAUUGUGUCGGAUCUUGCCGAGUACGCAUGCUGAAUUUUAGCUCUUCAUUAGACUUGAUUUUUAAGCGGUUUGAAGGAUUGUUUUCAACUUGUGCGCGGAAACUGUUCGUCAUUUAUCCUUCUUCAAGACUGUGCAUUGCGCAACAAGAACGUUUCAGCUUGUUUUCCGACCUAAGGAAUUUGAUGGGCACGACUCUCAUGACCCUCCUCGCCACGACGUUCAUGGCGCAGCUGAUAUACGUUAUCGGGGUUGGCGGUGUGCACGAGAAAGGGCUAUGCUUGUCCAUAGCUCACUCCCUCGAGUUCCUCCACCUCUGCCUCAUCGCCUGGCUUGCCGUACUCUGCAGAGACACGCACAACGCGCUCACAGUCGAACAGCCGACCCUCCAUUCGAGGGAGAUGUGCUGCAAGUACGCAGCGUCGUGCCUAUUCGGUUGGGGCGGACCCGCUAUCGCUGUAUCUCUCGCCUACACCCUGGACACAGCCGCAACCUCCGACAUGGUUAAAUCCAACUGUUGGUUCAUCGAGAAGAAGCUCUAUCUCCUCACAUACAGCUUUCCGUCUAUGGUGCUCCUCAGCGCGUGCGUCUGUCUUAUGGUUAGGUCUUGGGUGAGGCUCAAGUACACUCUGAGCCUCGAGACCCGCCCCAAGCAGAAGACAAAGCUGGCCAAAGCAAAGAAGCUGCAGGUUGGACUCUGCUCGAAGCUGACCGCCACCAUACUCACGAUGGAGCUGGCCGGAUUGGGCUACGUGACUACCGGUUUGUCGGGGUUUUGGCUCGUCUAUAACGUCCUACACGCCGUACAGGGGCUCAUCAUGGCACUGUGCGCCACAUGCAAUUCACAGGUGCUGAGCGUGUAUACAAGGAGGCAUAGGCGUCGCAGGUCGAGCCAAAGGCUCCUCUCCCAGUCUUCGAGCAUCGAUGAUCUCGAAUGGCGCCCUCUCCCGUCGACCGUCUAACUCCACCAACGGAUCGACACGACGUUCAGCCCAUUAGUCGCGCUUCGGACUCCCUUGUCUCGUCGGGUGGCCGGCACUAAUCAAUACUAAGACGCACGACUACGCUUUCGCCCGCCGUCAAAACCGGCCAUGUAAAUGCACAAAAGGUCAUAUGCCAUCGUUCCUACCAUAUCAUAGUUUCAUCCAUGAAGCCAUCAAUAAUUAAAAGUAUAGCAUAUCUAAGUAAAGCAUAUCUUUUUUAUAAAAAACAAUGUACCAUA